AUGAGCAAAUAUAUUUAUACAUUUGGUGAUGGCAAAGCUGAAGGCAGUGCAGCGAUGAAGAAUCUUUUGGGAGGCAAAGGAUCUGGAUUGGCCGAAAUGAACUUGAUUGGCAUUCCAGUACCCCCAGGCUUCACAAUUACAACAGAUGCUUGCAACUUGUACACUAAGAAUGGUGCUGAAUCCACUUUCGCUCUCAUCAAGGCUGAUGUUGAGAAAGCACUUCAUUAAGUAGAAGAAUUGACUAAGAUGGAAUUUGGCUCAGCUGAAAACCCCUUACUCGUUUCUGUUAGAUCUGGAGCUAGAGUUUCAAUGCCCGGUAUGAUGGACACAAUUCUUAAUCUUGGAUUAAAUGAUAUCUCAGUAGAGGGAUUGAGCAAGAGAACAAACAACCCAAGAUUUGCAUGGGAUUCUUACAGAAGAUUCAUUCAAAUGUUCAGUGACAUCGUGUUGGACAUGAAGCCAACCACCAAGGAAGACAUCGAUCCAUUUGAAGAAAUCAUCGAAAAUACCGAACUUGAAGUUGACGAUCUUAAGACUCUCGUUGAAAAGUAUAAGGUUGCUGUCAAAGCAAAAACAGGAAAAGAUUUCCCAUAAGAACCAUAAUAAUAAUUAUGGAGAGCUAUUUAAGCUGUGUUUGAUAGUUGGAACAAUGAUAGAGCUAAAUACUACAGAAUUCUUAACAAGAUCCCUGAAGAUUGGGGAACUGCAGUCAAUGUCUAAGCUAUGGUUUUCGGUAACAUGGGAAACACAUCAGCCACUGGAGUCGGAUUCACUAGAGAUGCAUCAACAGGAGAAAAUAUUUUCAAUGGAGAAUAUUUGAUCAAUGCCUAAGGAGAAGAUGUCGUUGCAGGUAUCAGAACACCAUAAUAAAUCACUUUGAUUGGAUCAAAAAGAUGGGCUGAAUUAUAAGGAGUUCCUGAAGAUGUCAGAAAAAAUCAAUUCCCAUCAUUGGAAGAAUCAUUACCAGAAACAUACUAAGAAUUGAAGAAUGUCUAAGAAAAAUUAGAAUAACACUUCAAAGAUAUGUAAGAUAUUGAAUUCACUAUUCAAAAUGGAAAAUUAUGGUUAUUAUAAUGCAGAAAUGGUAAAAGAACUGGUGCUGCCAUGGUUUAAAUUGCUUGUGAUUUAUUAAGAGAAGGAAAAAUUGAUGAAAAGACAGCUCUUAAGAGAAUUGAGCCAAAUAAAUUAGAUGAAUUAUUGCAUCCAAUUUUCACACCAGAAGCUUUGAAGACAGCCAAAUUUGUUGCCAAGGGAUUACCAGCAUCUACCAGGAGCAGCUUCAGGAUAAAUUGUUUUCUUCGCUGAUGAAGCCAAGAAAUUUGCUCAAAGUAUUUUAGUAAGAAUUGAAACAUCUCCAGAAGAUUUGGAAGG